GGGCGGAGUCUGAGGCUCUGCAGUUUCCAGCGGUCAACGUCACUCGAUAACAAGCACCUGGGCCGCGGAGGAAAACCAGCCUACCUGCGUCCCUCCGUCUGUCCGGUAUCAACGGAAAUGAGCGGUGCGGUGGCCAUGGAGGCCUCGAGGAGACGAACGCGGCGCAGCGCCAACGGGACCACGUCUGAGCAGCAGCCGGCACAGUGGGGGAGGGCAUGGGAGGUGGACUGGUUCUCCCUGAUCAGCGUGAUCGGCCUCCUUUGCUUCGCCCCCUUCAUCGUCUUCUACUUUGUGAUGGCCUGUGACCAGUACCAGUGCUCGGUCAGCCAGCCCCUGUUGGACCUGUUCCGAGGAGAGACCACCCUGCUCUCCAUCUGGGCCCGGGCACCCUCCUUCACCUGGUCAGCUGCCAAGAUUUACGCCGUCUGGGUGGCCUUCCAGCUGUUCCUGUACAUGUGUGUUCCUGAUGUGACUCACAAGUUUAUUCCUGGCUACGUGGGUGGAGUGCAGGCCGGAGCACGGACUCCUGCUGGUCUGAUUAACAAGUACGAGAUCAACGGGCUGCAGUGUUGGCUGAUCACUCACGCUCUGUGGUACGCCAACGCCCAACAUUUCCACUGGUUCUCUCCCACCAUCGUCUUCGACCACUGGAUCCCCCUGAUGUGGUGCGCUAACAUCCUGGGCUACGCUGUGUCCAGCUUCGCCUUCAUCAAGGCCUACCUCUUCCCCACCAACUCUGAAGACUGUAAGUUCACUGGGAAUGUCUUCUACAACUACAUGAUGGGCAUCGAGUUCAACCCGCGCAUCGGCAAGUGGUUCGACUUCAAGCUCUUCUUCAACGGGCGGCCCGGCAUCGUGGCCUGGACCCUCAUCAACCUGUCCUACAUGGCCAAGCAGCAGGAGCUCUACGGCCAUGUCUCCAACUCCAUGGUGCUGGUCAACGUGCUGCAGGCCAUUUAUGUGUUGGAUUUCUUCUGGAAUGAGGCUUGGUACCUGAAGACCAUUGAUAUCUGCCAUGACCACUUUGGCUGGUAUCUUGGCUGGGGAGACUGUGUGUGGUUGCCAUACCUCUACACACUGCAGGGUCUGUACCUGGUGUACCACCCGGUCCAGCUGUCCACGCUCCACGCCCUGGCGGUGCUGCUGCUCGGCCUGGUCGGCUAUUACAUCUUCCGCUCCGCCAACCACCAGAAGGACCUGUUCCGGCGCACAGAGGGCUCUUGUUCCAUCUGGGGCAGGAAGCCGGCGUACAUCGAGUGCUCCUACCGCUCGGCCGACGGCGGCGUCCACCGCAGCAAGCUCAUGACCUCGGGCUUCUGGGGAGUGGCCCGCCACCUCAACUACACGGGCGACCUCAUGGGCUCGCUGGCCUACUGUGCCGCCUGCGGCUUCGGCCACGUCCUGCCGUACUUCUACAUCGUUUACAUGACAAUCCUGCUGGUGCACCGCUGCGUGCGCGACGAGCACCGCUGCGGCAGCAAGUACGGGAAGGACUGGAAGCGCUACACGGACGCUGUGCCUUACCGACUAGUUCCUGGGUUGUUUUAGAGUGUGGGGGGGGG